AUAAACCUCAUGGAGAUUUAAGUCACGACAAAAGUCAAGCAGGAUCUGAUCAUAACCAGAACAAACCAGUGAAAUCUGUGUAUGCUUAUGCUGGUAUAGAGUUUCGACCUUUACAGGUAACUGACGAAGGAGCUUUCAGUACUGCAAUUAUCGAAGGUAGUAAACCCGAUUCACCCACACCAGCGAACGUCCCACAGAAUGAGUUGUUAGCGUACGAAGAGGUUACUAUUCCUAGCGGAAAUUUUGACAAAAUUAAUCCUGAAAAUAUUUUGGUGAAAUCAAACGACAGCGGUGGAGGGAAUAACGCUUUAGCAGCAUUUAAUGCAGACAUGCAGCAUUCAACUCACGACGCACAUGCUGAUACGUAUGCGCAAGUAGAUAACAGUUCGCAUCAAACACGAAAGAAACCUCCACCUAUGCCGAAGCCAUAUUCAAAGUCAAAGGAUAACGUUGAUGCACCAGAUGGUGGGAAGAAGAAACCUCCGCCGAUCCCUAAACCUUAUGGUGCACAAUAUAAAGAUGAGGAACCUAGUAAACCACCUGGUAAGUAGAGUAUAUACCGGUGUAGCCUGCGAACAGGCUCUCAAGCUGAAUUGAGAGCCUGCAUCCAUGACUAAUAAAUUUGAAUAUCUGCCCCGUAACGUUCGUUUUUCCAAAUAUGGAAUGUCUAUCCUUAUAUGGUGUUGUUUACAACUUUCGUGCAAACUAAAUUUAGACCGUACAGUUUAUACUGUUUUUCGAAAUAUAAGAUGUUCAAGCAAAAGUUCAAAUGUUUUAAAUACUGUUUUCUCAAAACAGAACAUUUCGUGCUUUGAGAUAAGAUGGCCAAGACCAAUUUGAUCAGUUAAUGUGUUUUUUAUGCAUAGUGCUUCAGCAGUUGACAUAUAUAGAGCUCAGCGGAAACAUAUAAAUUAUAGCAUCUGGCCAAUGAGAAUUUCGCGUCACGAUUUGAGACGCAGAUAUUCAAAUUCAUUAGUCAUCGAUGCAGGCUCUCAAUUCAGCUUGAGAGCCUGUUCGCAGGCUAUAUAUAUAUAUAUAUAUAUAUAUAUAUAUAUAUAUAUAUAUAUAUAUAUAUAUAUAUAUAUAUAUAUAUAUAUAUAUAUAUAUAUAUAUAUAUAUAUAUAUAUAUAUAUAUAUAUACUGGGAUGCCAUAUAAUUUACUUAUUGCUUAAAACUUCCAAAAGCAUUUUGCAAGUCGAGAUUGUCUUGUGCCAAGAUUUAAGUUUAUCACAAUGUGUUGCACCAUAUACGUUCUCUGAAAUCUACAUAUGCAGGAAGUUUUAUAUUCGACUUACACAGGAAAUUUUUAUUUUUGGAUUUUGCUGCCAGGAAGAGAAAUAUAUUUUCUAGGCCUGACGAAAAAUAACCAACCGAAAAAAUUAAAUACAUUCUGCUGAAGAUCCUGUUCAUGCCUUUAUAGGCAAGCUAAUAUGAAGUAUUUGGGCGAAGAUUAUAUACAUAUUAUAGAUCUGACUGGGAGCAGCUGCGGUAAAUGCAACCUGUGACAGAAAUCGAACCUGCAGCCCUGUGAUUCCGGUGCGGUGCUCAUGCAAACCACAGAGUCCAUGCAGUUGUCAUUUCGUAUCAGACGAAACAGAUUGUGUUUCCAAACAAUCAUUGAAUUGUAAGCGUUUGUUUGGCUGACGUCCUCGCGUUGCCGUCUAUAUGUACAGACCGCAUCACCCAAAUUAUAUUGUUCCAGGUAUUACAACGUUUGUACAUUCAAUUGACGACUUGUUAAUUUUUUGCUCUAGGUGUAACCGUCAAUUUUACAAAGAAAACUUACAGUGGCAAAGAGGGUGAGCCAGCUUUACCCGAAAUUAUCGUUAGUGCAGGGAAUAUAAGUGAACCGAUAACUAUAAGGUAAGGAAAUUCUACAAAGAUACAUCUUUCUACCAAAUUAUACCGUUUGCGUUUCGAACGUAUUUUCCGGGCCCUGACACGACGAGAAAAAAAUGUGGGAAACAGGUAUAAAAUACAAGACAGAAUUAUACGUGAAACCGUUAAAUCAGAUUUUCAUAUACAUCAAUAUUUUGAAAAAUAAAACAAAUAUUUCGGAACCCGCAUUAAUUCAGUAAAAAAUAAAAGCGGAUGACGGGUUAUGGAACCCCUCCCACCCUGGACGUGAAUAUAUCCCAUGAAUAUGCGAAUAUGUCUGUCAUCGUUUCUAAACUGCAUUCUCUACAUAUUUGCUGCAUACGGUCUUUUUCUUUCCUUUGUAACUUACUCAUAAUUCUAUUUAGAGACUGUACUUUCCAACGAUCUCGGAAAAUGGCCAUUGUUAGGAAAACAAAUUACCAUAAAAAGUACUUGUCAUAAUACAAGUUUACUUUCUUUAACAGUGUUACUCCAAGUGCAAAGACAGCUGGAGAUGAUGAUUUUGUUCCUCAAACCGUGGAUGUCACUUUUGAACCGGGCGAGACUGGUCCAAAGUCGAUCCCCAUUAACAUCAUAGAUGAUGAUGUUGUUGAAUCCAAAGAAGAAUUUACAGUCACCAUGUCAUCUUCCUCACCUGGGGUAACAGUUGGUGAACCUGCAACUGUGAUCAUUAAAGAUAAUGAUAAGUCAGGUAGGCUUUACACAAUAUGAAAUAAUCCGCAAACGUAGUUUCUAUGCUUUUCAAUUCUCUCGCAAAACUUAAAGUCGAUAUUUUCUUCUCCGUCCAUCACGAGCUUGCUUUAAUGGCACAGGACUGUUAAUUUUCGAAUGCCACAGGAAAUAAUUGUUGUUGCUCUCAUUUUUUUGCAGCGCCAUGCAAACCAAAAACAGACCUCAUCUUUGUACUCGACAGAUCGGGAAGUAUAGCGCCCGGAGAUUUCGACAAAAUGCGUGAAUUUGUCAAGGAAAUUGCAAAAGAAUUGAAAGUUGGUGAAAGAAAUGAAGCAGGCGAGCUUAUUGGACAGGCCGCCAUAGUUACGUUUAGUGAAGAAGGCAAGAAAAGAAUAACAUUAGCAGAAAGCCAAGACGCAAACAAAUUCUACGAUGUAGUUGAUAGGAUGCCUGGUCCAUUGUUACAAGGUCGAACAAAAACACAUCGUGGUUUAGCAAUUGCUGAUAAAGAGAUCGCUAUUAAGCAAGCAGGAUAUCGUGAAGAUGAUCCUGCUGUAAAGAAAAUGAUCAUGGUUGUUACAGAUGGAGAACAGACUAAAGAAUCAGUUCGAAGGGGUUUUGUCUAUGUUGGAGAAGCUAUGAAACCUUUCUUCAAUAGAAAUAUGGAUGUUUUUGCUAUUGGCGUUGGCUUGGACAAUGACGCUGCAAUUAACGAAGUUAAAGAUAUG